AUGACAACACGAACCGUUCUUAUUACUGGUAGUACAAGUGGUAUUGGUCUGGGUAUCGCGCGUUCAUUUGCCAGAGCGAAAUAUAACAUUAUAUUCAAUGGAUUAGAAAAGAAUGGUAGCGAACUGGCAGCUGGCAUAGCAAACGAAUUCCAAGUGGGCCAUCUUUAUUCACCUGCCAAUGCUCUAGAUUCAAAUCAAUUACGAACUAUGGUUGAUGAAGGCUUGCAAAAAUUUAAACAUAUUGAUGUUUUAAUAAAUAACUGUGGCAUUCAACAUGUAGCGCCCAUCGAAAAUUUUCCCGAUGAUAAAUGGGCGGACAUUCUUCGUAUUAAUUUAACAUCGGCAUUUAUUCUAACAAAAGCUUUAUUGAAGCCAAUGAAAGAAAACAAGUUCGGCCGUAUUAUUAAUGUUGCAUCAGCACAUGGCCUAUUUGCGAGUGAAUACAAAUCUGCUUAUGUUGCCGCUAAACAUGGUAUACUUGGUCUAACGAAAGUAACCGCACUCGAAGGUGCGCCAUUUAAUAUUAAUUGUAAUGCCAUCUGCCCAGGUUAUGUACGAACGCCGCUUGUCGACGGGCAAAUACGCGAUCAAGCGAAAUCCCAUGACAUCUCCGAGUCGGAAGUCAUACCACGCGUUAUUCUUCAGAAACAGGCUGUCAAAAAAUUCGUACCAAUAGAACUGAUUGGAAAGUUGGCUUUAUUACUUGCCGAUGAACAGAGUGCUACAUUAACUGGAGCGGCAAUACCUGUUGACGGUGGCUGGUCUGCACAAUAA